UAUGCAGUCUCACAAGAAACAACAUUGAGAAAUUAAAAAUGGGUCAAAAAAAUGGUUGCAUUUUUCGCAAAGGCAGCAGUAUUGUUGUUCCAGAAGCAGAAAAAAAUGUUGAGUUAGGGACACUUUCCUCUAACCAGAUGGACUCUCUUACUGCUAUUUGUGACACUAUUUUACCUUCCAUUGAUGCUAAUUCCUUUUAUCAUCAAGAAGCCAUUGAUGAUCCUUUCACUAACUUCCUCCAAACUUCAGCAUCCAUGACCGGAACUCCUCAACAUAUUGCAUGGAUGAUAAGCAAUAGAUUGCAACAUCCUAAGCUCAACUUGUGCAAAAUUGCACUAUGGCUAUUAUCAACGAGGAUAGGAACUUUGAUACUUUGUGGUAAGGCAAGCUUGUCAAGCCAAUUUCCAUACUUGCAGAGCUUCUCUAGGAUUUCACCUAACAAGAGAGAAGAGAUAGUCCUAUCAUGGUCAACUAGCUGUUUCAAACUCCUAAGGAUUCUCUUUUCUGCCAUAAAAAUUCUGGUUCUCCUAGUAUUCUUCACUCAGGUGAAUGAGAAAAGCCAGAAUCCUUCGUGGAAAGCACUUGGCUACUCUGGACCUGAUCCUGAUUUUAAGAAGCAAAAUCAAGGACCUCAAGAUCAAGAAGAAGAAGAAGAACUAUUUGGACCACUUUACCAAGGAAUCAUCAGUCUAAAACAAUCACAAAAAAAGACAUUCGAGAGGCUGCAAAAAAUUGGAUUUUCUGUGUCAAAACCCCAUAAUUUCAACAACACAAGGAGAAGUACAGAGUGCCCUGAUUUCACAAUUGAAUGUGAUGCUGUGGUAGUUGGUUCAGGCUCUGGAGGUGGAGUUAUAGCUGGUAUUCUUGCAAAAGCUGGACACAAAGUACUUGUCCUAGAAAAAGGAAGUUAUCUUGCAAGAACAAAUCUUUCCCUUCUUGAAGGUCCUUCUAUGGAUCAAAUGUACCUUGGAAAUGGACUAUUAACAAGCAAGGAUAUGGAUGUUAUGCUACUUGCUGGAUCAACCGUUGGUGGUGGCUCGACAAUUAAUUGGUCAGCUUCGAUUCAGACUCCACAACAUGUUCUAAAAGAGUGGUCCGAAAGGUACAAACUUGAUUUAUUUCAAAGUGAAUUUUACAAGGGGGCUUUGAAGGUUGUAUGUGAAAAAAUGGGAGUUCAGUCUGAAAUUGAGGAUGAAGGUUUCCAAAACAUGAUUUUGAGAAAAGGGUGUCAAGAAUUGGGAUAUCAAGUGGAAACAAUCCCUAGGAACGCGCAGUCGGAUCAUUACUGUGGAUGGUGUAGCAUGGGAUGCAAAGAUGGGAAGAAAAAAGGCACAGCUGAGACAUGGCUAGUGGAUUUGGUCAAAUCAGGCAAUGGUGCAAUAUUUCCUGAAUGUGAAGCAUUGGAAGUGAUCCAUGUAAAAAAGAAUGACAACUCAGGAAAAAGUAAAGCCAUUGGAGUUGCUUUUGCAUUUCAAAAUGGAAAAGGGGUGAGAGAAAUUUGCAUGGUGAAAUCAAAAGUAACAAUUGUAGCUUGUGGUGCUCUUAGCACACCUUCAUUGCUUAAGAGAAGUGGCUUAAAGAAUCCAAAUAUCGGCAGAAACUUACACCUCCAUCCAGUCGUUAUCGCCUGGGGAUACUUUCCAGAUACUCCAUCUGAUUCUAAUGUAUUAUGGCCUGAGGCGGACAAGAAAAGUUACGAAGGAGGAAUAAUGACAGCAAUGUCUAAAGUCGUGGCGAAUUUCGAAGGAUCAGGAUAUGGUGCAAUCAUACAAACUCCAGGUUUGCACCCUGGCAUGUUUUCAGCACUAAUGCCAUGGGUUUCAGGCCUAGAUAUUAAGAUGAGGAUGUGCAAAUAUUCAAGAACCGCAUAUAUUCUCGCGUUGGCAAGAGACAAGGGAUCAGGGGAAGCAUUCUCACCUUAUUCAGUAACUUAUAAGAUGGAUCAAAUUGAUGAAGAAAAUCUAAAAUUAGGCCUAGAGAAAAUGCUAAGAAUCUUGGCAGCUGCUGGUGCAGAAGAAAUUGGAACUCAACACGGAAAAGGGAGGAGUUUGAAGGUGAAAGAUGCAAGUUUGAAGGAGUUUGAGAGAUUUGUGAAAGAAGAAAGUUCAAUAGAAAUUGGGAAUCAUUCAGUUCCUAUAUGUUCAGCACAUCAAAUGGGAAGUUGUAGAAUGGGAGUGGAUCCAACAACUUCAGUGGUUAAUUCUAAAGGGGAGAUAUGGGAAGUAGAAGGUUUGUUUCUUGGUGAUUCAAGUGUGUUUCCAACUGCUAUUGGAGUGAAUCCAAUGGUCACAAUUCAGGCCAUUUCUUAUUGUACUGCACAAUCUGUUGUUCAACUUCUUAAGAAUCAAAAGCUGGGAUAAAAUGGCACUCGUACAAAGGGAAGCAUGAAGAUUUGUUUUUGUGAAAUCUUGAAAAAAUAGUUUAUGUUUAUUGAGGUUUGUGUGAGUAAAACGAGUGGAGUAGGCUUAGCAUUGUCUCUACCUUCAGCUAAUUAUGAGUUGGAGGUUGAAGCAACAGUGUGGGGUAAGAUCUUUAGGAGUAAGGGAGAAAAUAAGUGUAUAAACAAGUCCCAAAUCGCGAAUCAUUCUGAUUAAGAGGGAUCCAUGUAUCUUGCCAAAUGUAAUUGUUAAAAUUAUAUUCUAGUAAAUCUGCAGUGACUAAUAUUUUCCUUUU